GAUGCAAAAGCGAGGCAACGUGCGGAUAGACUUGUGCCUCUACCCUAUAUAAGUUGGGUGAUGAGAGAGGGAGGCAUAAAGUGCUGAACGUUCUUCUCUAUGAACAGGUCUACACAGACGGAAUAAAAGGAGAUACGAUAACUUUUUUGACAACGACAAGAAUUACGGUGCCUAACCACUAUUUGGACAGCAUAUACUAUUUACCUUGCAAAUAAAAGACUCGUUUUGGAGAGAAAAAAUUACAUUAUUUCACUGCCUGAGGAAGCCAAUCAUCAACAGAGAUGGAGAAGAUGGAAGUGCAGAAGAAGAAGGGGGUGACAGGUUACCUCCUUUACUGCGUGGCUACGGCUGUCAUUGGCUCCCUGCAGUUCGGAUACAACACUGGAGUCAUCAAUGCCCCUGAACAGAAACUGCGAAUGUUCUUCCGGAAUGUGUCAAUGGAGCGUGAUGGAGAGUCCUUCAGCAACGAUACAAUCACUCUGCUCUGGAGCUUUGCUGUGGCCAUCUUCAGUAUCGGGGGCAUGGCCGGAUCCCUGUCUGUUGGAAUCAUGGUCGACAAGUUUGGGAGGCGUAAGUCCAUGCUUCUGGCCAAUGUUCUGGCCCUUCUAGGUGGAGGUCUGAUGGGCCUGUCAAGCCUGUGUAAGUCCUUUGAGAUGAUCAUUUUCGGUCGCCUGGUUAUCGGCGUGUUCUGUGGCCUGUUUACUGGACUGACGCCGAUGUACCUGGGUGAGUUGGCCCCCACGCACCUCCGGGGAGCCUUCGGCACCCUCCACCAGCUAGGAGUGGUCAUCGGGAUCCUGGUGGCACAGAUCUUUGGUCUGGAGUCCCUGCUGGGGUCUGACCUCAUGUGGCCCCUGCUGCUGGCCCUCACAAUCUUCCCCGCUCUGGGUCAGGUCAUCAUGCUCAUCUUCUGCCCUGAGAGCCCCCGCUACCUGCUGAUCAGCCUCAACAAGGAGGAGGAGGCUCACAAAGCAUUGGUGCGUCUGCGUGGCUGUGAGGAUGUGAGGGAUGAGAUCCAGGAGAUGAAGGAAGAGGGGAUGAAGAUGGCCAUGGAGAAGAAGGUCACCAUUGCAGAACUCUUCCGUUCGCCAGCUUAUCGUCAGCCAAUCCUCAUCGCCAUUGUGUUGCAGCUUUCGCAGCAGCUUUCUGGCAUCAACGCGGUGUUCUACUACUCAACCAGUAUAUUUCAAAGUGCCGGUGUUAAACAGCCUAUCUAUGCUACUAUUGGAGCUGGGGUGGUCAACACUUUAUUCACAGUGGUGUCUCUCUUCCUUGUGGAGAGGGCGGGACGAAGGACCCUGCACCUCAUUGGGUUGGCUGGAAUGGCUGUCUCUGCGCUGCUCAUAACUAUCUCUCUCUCCUUAGUGACCCAAUACACAUCUCUGAGCUACAUGGCCAUCGUGGCGGUUUUUGCCUUUGUGGCCAGUUUUGAGAUGGGCCCAGGUCCUAUCCCAUGGUUCAUAGUGGCCGAGCUCUUCUCCCAGGGGCCUCGGCCAGCAGCCAUGGCCGUCUCUGGCUGUUCCAACUGGACGGCCAACUUCCUGGUUGGACUGUGCUUCCCCAAACUGGAGGAGCUGCUCAAAUCCUAUGUCUUCAUCAUCUUUCUCAUCUUCCUCAUCAUCUUCUUUGUAUUCACCUACUUCAAAGUCCCAGAGACCAAGGGCCGGACUUUCGACGACAUCACCCAGGGAUUCGCCAGAAACUCAGGAAACCCUGCCCAGUCUCCUCCCUCAAGUGUGGUCACCCUACCGGUUUCCCCAACCACUGAGAAGGUUCCAAUGGUUGAGUUCCCAACGGUAGAGAACGUAAAGAACGGGUCAUCUGCAGUUCCAUAGGUGACCAAAAAGUUAAAGAACAGGGUUAAAGAUACAAGCCCCUUGUGCAUAGAUACUGUAAUGUAAGCCGUUUGGACAUUUGAAGUGGAGGACUAGAGAUACAGUAGACACUGAUAUGGAGAGGUUCUUACAUAUGAAUUAGCAGCUAAGGUUCAAGCUGUGUGUGUGUCCAGUAUACUGCCUGUUGGGAAUAGGUUGGGGAAUAGAGCUGAAGGCUUUUAGUUAAUGUUUUGAACAAAAAUGCAAGUGAAUGUAAUAGGAUUCAUGUUUACUGUGUGUGUGUGUGUGUUUGUGUGUACAUGCUCUAAAGUUUGAAUGAAUGUAAAGUGAUCAUUUGUAAAUAGCUUUUGCCAGUGCCAACAUAAUUCUUUAUAUUUAAUUUGAAUCAACUAUCUUUACUACUGUACAUUUAAAUUGCAGACUUUCCAAUUAAAAACAUUUUACAGUAUUAUUGUUUGAUAGGAUAAAUGCCAACAAAUGUGGCGAGUAAUAAAUAGUUGAUUAUUUUGGGGGAAUAGGACUUAAUGUGUAUGGAGGUUUGUGGUUUUGUAGGGCCAGUGAUUUGACCUCUCUGAGAUCUGAAACCACCUCAGCCGUGUGUACUAGUCACUGUGUCUAUGAGGAUUGACCUUGUACUGUCACAGAGAGUAAACUGUGCAGACAUCUCCAUCCUGGAGCACUGAGUCAGCUAGACCAUGGCGCUUUCCACAGCCCCUCCCAUGGCCUGCGAAGUCUGGGGGCUCUGUAGGUAGACCAUAGAAUAUAUAUGAUCACAGUAAGCAGUGCGACAUGACUUUCAUUAGGGACAGUUUUUCUUUCUGAGGAGAUAGUUGUUUCAAAAAGGUCACAGUUUAAACAGUAUAUAAAAAACGAGCAUAAUACUCCUUGAUGUGUUUCAGCAGCAUGUGUCUGCACUCGCACAGAACUGAACACUUUUCUACCUUUUAGCCUGAACCAACAUCUGAUGUUUCCUGUUUAAAUAGAUGGCGUUUCCCAGGGUCCUCACAAUACGAUAUCAUCACAGUACUGAGUUGCCCAUGUUUAUUUAUGUUAAUUUGAUGUUCCAAAAACAUUGCUAGUUAUGAUGUGUAUAUUCUGCAGAAAGCCAAGAGAAACAUAUUACUAAAAUGUUUUGAGGUCUGAAGAAUUUCUAUCGCGUUUUUGUUGCAGGUACAGCCUAACUAGUAAUGUGCAAUAUAUUAUCCAAAAUAACAUAUAACUGGGUCUAAUGUUUCUUCCUUCCAUAGCAGUUUUGACAGCAUACGUUCUAGUACUGCUUUUUGCAUUCAUGCUAGCCCAUGCUACUUAAUGUUAAUAUUGUAAGGUAACAUUAUGUUGUCUGCCAUGCACUAGUACAUUUGUACACAUUAUUGGUCUAAUGGGCAUUAUUUUAUAUUAAUUUAUUUUCAGUAUUUAAGUGUAUGACUACGAAAGAGCGAGAGAAAGAAAUGUGUCAAAGAGUACUGUAUGAAUAUGUUUUUCCCUUUUCUGUAAUGUUGUAUUAAAGAGUCACUCAAGUUUUUGAGCAACUGAAAUUAAAUAAAACGGAUCAUGUUUUUAAAAG